UACACCUGGAAGUCGGAGCUAGAGGAUGCUGGAGGAGUGCAGAAGCGGGCGGCGCCAACACCGGCGUCGUCGUCAUCGACGUCGGCGUCGCCGAAUGGAGUGGAAGAAGCGAUGGCGGAGCUGGUUGACGACCAUCUGUGGAAACGGUUCCACGCCUACGGGACGGAAAUGGUCAUUACAAAGAGUGGUCGGUAAGUGCACAGCGAGAUCUCACCGCUCACGUACAUUUAUGCUAACUUCAGGAGUUAAGGAGGUUUGGCAGAUUUGCUUACUUCAGUUGACGCAAUCGUGA